GGGUAUUUGAUUUUACAAUAUGCAAACACACGCAGAUUACAUAACUGAUAUUUUUGUUUUAAUUUGUUGCUAUAUUUUAUUGAAAGAAUUGUAAUUUGAUUUUUAUUAUGUAAAGGAAGUCUAUGUUUUGUUAUGUAAAGGAAGUCUAUAUUUUGUUAUGUCUAUAUUUUGUUAUGUAAAGGAAGUCUAUAUUUUGUUAUGUAAAGGAAGUCUAUAUUUCAGAGAAUGUCUCAAACAAUUGAUCCUAAAUGGAAGGAGGAGUACAAGAAAGAUGUUGUGUAUCUGCACGUGAUUCCUAGGUCACGUGCACGUGAUGUUGUCAACAUUUCCCCAUUCGCCAUUAAACUAGAGCUUUGGCUGAGAAUCAACGAGAUACCUUUUGAGACGAUUGACUGUCAGGGAUUUUCAAAGAAGGGCCAAAGUCCUUUUAUUUUGUUCAAUGGUGAAGAAAUUCCAGAUAGUAACUUCAUCAUAGAAUACCUGAGCAAAUACUUUAACAAGAACCCUUAUCCAAAUCUAGAUGCCUCGGAAAAAGCUACCGCCAGGGCGUUCGUGAAGAUGGUUGAGGAAAACACGUCGUGGCCAAUAUUCGUCUAUCGAUACGUGGAAAAUAUAGACGAAUAUGCAGACUAUUUCAGUACAGAUCAGCCUAUGGAGGUUAGAAAACAAAUACUCGGAAAACUGCAGGAAUGGGUUGGUAAACGUGCACAUGGUCACGGGAUUGGACGCCAUUCUACGGGUGAAAUACAGCAAAUUGGGUGUGACGAUAUACAGGCCAUCUCGGAUUUCCUAGGGAAUAAGAAAUACAUGAUGGGAGAUACACCUACUGUGGUUGACUGUUCUGUGUUUGGCGUUCUGUCUCAAGUUGUCUACGUCCCUAUGGGAUAUCCUAUGAGAAAAUACAUCCUAGAAAAUUGUUCCAAUAUUAUCGACUUGUUUGAUAGAUUAAAAAAUACUUACUGGACGAACUGGGAGGAGCAGUGUAAAAUGUAGCACGUUGUUAUUACAUAUGUUUUGUUCUUUUAUUUAUUUUAUAGACUCUACAACCAUAACGUUGAAGUAAAGCUUUAUACAAGUCUUCAUACACAUGUGUCUUGAAUUUGUGAUAUCUUCAUAUGCAAAAAACUUUGUAUUUCUUCACCAAUCAUCCCGUUGCCCAUGAGAAAGUCAUAGCUAUUUGAGUUUAUAUUUUUUGUUUGUUUUGUUUUCCUGGGGUUGGGGAAAGCGCCUUUCCUCAGCGCACCAGUACAUGGUCGGUGGCUCUCCAAUAUAACAUCAACUUAUGCAUGGUAGUUUGGAAUUAGACAGGGGAAAGUUGACGUGAGAAGUUUAACAUUUAAUUUUACAUCUGUUCAACGGUGUAAAAGGCGUUUAGAACCUUUAAUUGUAAAUCUCCUUUGAA